AUGGAGGAGUCUGAGAAGAAAUGUACUGGACAGGAGAAGCUUGAAACCCUUCCUACAUCUGUGUUUGAAACAAGCAUGAGUGGCCAGAGUUAUAAUAUUUACAAUGCGGUCUAUGCUGUGGCACAUGCUUUGCAAUCCCUCUCUAUAUCCAAAUCUAGAGAAACAAGAAUGAUGAAAGAAAGAAGGAAACAUUUUCACAAUCAAGUGUGGUGGCAGGUUCAUUCUUUUCUGAGAAGUGUCAGAUUCAACAACAGUGUUGGUGAAAAGAUCUCCUUUGAUACAAAUGGAGAAUUCAUUGGUGGAUUUGAUAUUAUCAACUGGAUCACAUUCCCCAACCAAUCUUUUCUUAGGGUCAAAGUUGGAGUGAUAGAUCCCACAGUUCCAGCAGAGAAGUUCUUCAAUAUUUCUGUAGAUUCCAUCACAUGGCCAGUAGGCUUUAACCAGGCAUUACCUUUAUCUUUGUGUAACAAUCCUUGUGAGACAGGACACAGCAAGGCCAAGAAAGAAGGAAAGUUCUCUUGUUGCUAUGAUUGUCGUCUAUGUCCAGAGGGGAAAAUAUCAAAGGAGAAGGACAUAGAUGACUGCUCUCUAUGUCCAGAAGAUCAAUAUCCAAAUCCUGGGAAAAAUAUGUGCAUUCCAAAGCGGCUCAUCUUUUUGUCCUAUGAAGAGCCCUUGGGGAUCAGUCUGACUGUUCUUUCUCUUUGCUUUUCUUUAAUGACAGCUUUGGUAAUAACAAUCUUCAUGAAACACAAAGACACUCCCAUCGUCAAAGCCAACAAUCGGAAUCUCACUUAUACACUCCUAGUUUCUCUUCUCCUCUCUUUCCUUUGUGUCUUUCUAUUUGUUGGGAGGCCCAAUACGAUUGUGUGUCUCUUUCGACAACCAGCUUUUGGGCUCAUCUUUUCUGUGGCAGUUUCUUGUGUCUUGGCCAAAACCUUUGUUGUGGUUCUAGCAUUCAUGGCCACGAAACCCGGUUCCAGAUUGAGGAAAUGGGUUGGGGGAAGGAUGGUCAGUUUCAUUCUUCUAUCCUGCUCCCUUGUUCAAAUAUGUGUUUGUGCUGUUUGGCUGAUAACAUCCCCACCAUAUCCAGAUUUUGAUGCACAUUCAAUACCUGAAGAACUUAACCUGGAGUGCCAUGAAGACUCGGUCAUGUUCUACUGUGUUUUGGGCUUUAUGGGUUUUCUUGCUCUGCUUAGCUUCUCUGCUGCUUUUCUAGCUAGGAAUUUACCUGACAGUUUCAAUGAAGCCAAGUUCAUCACCUUCAGCAUGUUGGUCUUCUGCAGUGUUUGGUUGUGUUUUAUUCCAACCUAUCUAAGCACUAGGGGAAAAUAUACAUUGGCUGUGGAGAUCUUCUCCAUGGUCUCCUCCAGUGCUGGCUUAUUGGUGUGCAUCUUUUUUCCCAAGUGUUUUAUCAUUGUGAUGAGACCUGAGCUUAAUGAUAAGCACCAGCUCAUGAAGAGAAAGCUUUAAUAAAUCUUUAUGUUUGCCUGAUAUUCUUUAUAUGUACAUGUUUGGGAACUUCCCCACUUCAACAUUUAAGCCAGAGAACAAUGUAUUGAGACAGUGAUGUUCUAUGUUGCCCCGUCUCCUGGAGAUUUGGAUAGCUUUGAAGGGGUGUUUUUCCCCUUCUGGUAGGCAAUUAUAAGUGGGGUCUAUAAAGUUAUAAACUACAGGACCAAUUAAUGUAUUGACAUAUUUAUUGACUUUAUUGAUUUAUUGACAUAUUGUAGUA